GCAGCCGAGCGCCCGCCGACGCCGCCCGGAUCCCCGGUGCCACCGCUACCCCGGUCCCGCAGCUCCCGUGGAUUCUCCGGCGCUGCCUGCGAGGCCAGACGGAGGCAAGAUGAAGAUGACGGUGGAUUUCGAGGAGUGUCUGAAGGACUCGCCCCGUUUCAGGGCUGCUUUGGAAGAAGUAGAAGGAGAUGUGGCUGAGCUGGAACUAAAACUGGACAAGCUGGUGAAACUUUGUAUCGCGAUGAUUGAUACCGGCAAAGCCUUUUGUGCCGCAAAUAAACAGUUCAUGAAUGGGAUUCGGGACCUGGCCCAGUAUUCUAGCAAUGACGCUGUGGUUGAGACGAGUUUGACCAAGUUUUCUGACAGUCUUCAGGAAAUGAUCAAUUUCCACACAAUUCUGUUUGACCAAACUCAGAGAUCAAUUAAGGCCCAGCUUCAGAACUUUGUCAAAGAAGAUCUUAGAAAAUUUAAAGAUGCCAAGAAACAAUUUGAAAAAGUCAGUGAAGAAAAGGAAAACGCUCUAGUAAAAAACGCCCAAGUUCAAAGAAACAAGCAGCACGAGGUUGAAGAGGCUGCAAACAUUCUCACGGCCACGCGGAAGUGCUUCCGGCACAUAGCGCUCGACUAUGUCCUGCAGAUUAACGUGCUUCAAUCAAAAAGGAGAUCGGAAAUCCUGAAAUCAAUGCUGUCCUUCAUGUAUGCACAUCUGGCCUUCUUCCAUCAAGGGUAUGACCUGUUCAGUGAGCUUGGGCCCUACAUGAAAGAUCUUGGCGCACAGUUGGAUCGACUGGUUGUGGAUGCAGCAAAGGAGAAAAGAGAAAUGGAGCAAAAACAUUCUACGAUCCAGCAGAAGGAUUUCUCCAGUGAUGAUUCCAAGCUAGAGUAUAAUGUAGACGCUGCAAAUGGCAUUGUCAUGGAAGGGUAUCUGUUCAAACGAGCCAGCAACGCCUUCAAAACGUGGAACAGACGCUGGUUCUCCAUACAGAACAAUCAGCUGGUUUACCAGAAAAAGUUUAAGGACAGCCCCACUGUGGUGGUGGAAGACCUCAGGCUCUGCACAGUGAAGCACUGCGAAGACAUCGAGCGGCGGUUCUGCUUUGAGGUCGUCUCCCCCACAAAAAGUUGCAUGCUCCAGGCAGAUUCCGAAAAGCUUCGCCAGGCCUGGAUUAAGGCUGUUCAGACCAGUAUUGCAACUGCUUACAGAGAGAAAGGCGAUGAAUCAGAGAAACUGGAUAAGAAAUCGUCUCCAUCGACAGGAAGCCUAGAUUCUGGAAGUGAGUCUAAAGAGAAAUUACUGAAAGGAGAAAGUGCCCUGCAGCGUGUGCAGUGUAUCCCUGGCAACACCAGCUGCUGCGACUGUGGUCUCGCAGACCCCCGCUGGGCCAGCAUCAACCUGGGCAUUACCUUGUGUAUUGAGUGCUCUGGGAUUCAUCGGAGUCUCGGGGUUCAUUUUUCGAAAGUGAGAUCUUUAACUUUAGACACUUGGGAGCCUGAGCUCUUAAAGCUUAUGUGUGAACUGGGGAACGAUGUUAUAAAUCGUGUUUAUGAAGCUAAACUGGAAAAAAUGGGAGUAAAGAAACCACAGCCAGGACAAAGACAGGAGAAGGAGGCAUAUAUCAGAGCAAAAUAUGUGGAGCGGAAAUUCGUGGAUAAAUACUCUACAUUGCUGUCACCUUCCGAGCAGGAGAAAAGGAUCAUCUCCAAGAGCUGUGAGGACCAGAGGCUGAGCCACACCAGAGUGUCUGUCCACACCCCAGUCAAAAGUAAUGACAGUGGGAUCCAGCAGUGCUCUGAUGAUGGACGGGAGUCUUUACCUUCCACCGUGUCAGCCAAUAGCUUAUACGAGCCCGAAGGAGAAAGGCAAGAAUCUUCUGUGUUUCUCGACUCUAAACAUCUUAAUCCAGGACUUCAGCUUUAUAGGGCUUCGUAUGAAAAAAACCUUCCCAAAAUGGCCGAAGCUUUGGCUCAUGGUGCAGAUGUGAACUGGGCUAAUUCAGAUGAAAACCAAGCAACGCCACUCAUUCAGGCUGUAUUAGGGGGCUCUUUGGUGACAUGUGAGUUCCUGUUGCAGAAUGGUGCUAAUGUGAACCAAAGAGAUGUCCAAGGGCGGGGACCGCUGCACCACGCCACCGUCUUAGGACACACAGGGCAGGUAUGUUUAUUCCUAAAGCGAGGUGCCAAUCAACAUGCCACUGAUGAAGAGGGGAAGGACCCUCUGAGUAUAGCUGUGGAAGCAGCCAAUGCUGACAUAGUAACGCUGUUACGCUUAGCAAGAAUGAAUGAGGAAAUGCGGGAAUCCGAAGGACUUUAUGGACAGCCAGGUGAUGAAACUUACCAGGAUAUCUUUCGUGAUUUUUCUCAAAUGGCAUCCAAUAAUCCAGAGAAACUCAAUCGUUUCCAGCAAGAUUCACAGAAGUUCUGAUCCUUUUAAAAGGGGGAAACUAUGAAAUUUGGUGAAUUCUUAAUGUGUGCAAGCAGAAACUCACACAUUUUUUACUACUUUAAUUCCACUUAGUUUUGGUAGGCAUUGAAUCGUUUGGAAAAAAAAUGGUACCCAUUCAUUUUGGAUUUUUGUAAAUGAAAACACGAUCUCUCAUAACGGGAAAGGGAGAAAUCCACUGUAGUUCCUCUUUGAUUUGAGAAGAGAAAAGCCUUUUUUAACUGGGUUGUGCUUUUAUAUAGAGUUGUAUCCAGAUCUAAGCAUCUCUAAGUUCUGAGGUGCUACACUGGAGACCCCUCCAUCCUUUGCCAUGCAUGGUGGUACUCUGGUUCCCCUGGGAACAUUCAGUCAUGUGUCUGCGUCAGGUGGGAGCCAGUUAUCUCACCUGCUUGGAGGAUGUGCUGUCCUCAUAAUAGUUGGUGGUUCAGAAGUAGGUAUGUGUGCUUUCUGGCCGUGGUACCCACAGUGUGCAGUGCAGUUACCAGGACCAGUGGGUUCGCACCGUGUUUGCUCAGAGGUGUCACUGUCCUCCAGCCCCCCAGCUACACGGUUGCCGCGUGAGUAGACCACACUUCACUCUUUAGAUUUCUUUUGUCUCAUAGUGAAGAGAAGCUUUUACUGUUUUCUUUCUUCCAUCACCCAAAGAAUCCUAGCUCAGCUUCUGUUGUCAGGUUGACUUCCUGAAACCUUGACAGAUCAUCAGUGCAACAAAACCGGAUUUCAGAAAUUGACUAUUGCAAAAUUGGGCUUUCAUCCAAACACGGUGAUGUCAAAGAUAAUAUUUUAGGGCAUUUUUAUAUUUGGAAUUAAUCCAUUUUAAGAUACAUAUUUUUUAGUGUUACUCUUGGUGAAAGAAAAAUCUCCAUGUAAUGGAAGAGAAAGCUAAUUUUUUUCCUGUUUAUACUAAAACUUACCAGCAAUAAAGUCCUUUUAUUUUUUUCUACAUUUAUCUUGUGUACUAUACAACAGUAUACAUUCUUUUAAAUUGUAUCUUGUAUAUAGCUUUAGAAUUAAGUAAAAUAAGUCCUUUUGAGUUCCAAAAUUAUGCACAUGUGAGUUUGUCUGGUCCCAGCUCUGCUCGAUGUGUUUUGUCGAAGGACGGGAUGGAGUAACCGCCUUGUAGCUCACUCAUUGCCAGCACUGUUGACUGCGCUUAACCCUUUACAAGGUAUUUGUAAGUAGCAUCGAUACUCAGCGUCACAGGAACAUUUUGAGAUGUAUGUAAAAUUAUAGUUAAUUAAGUAAACACUUUAACAUUUUCCCCACAGUAUAUAGAGCUUUAUUUUAAUUAAAUAUAAAAUCAAAUCUAAGGAGAAAUUCUAUUGAAAUAAAUUUGCCACCCAGAUAAGGCCCCCUGGUUCGGCCAAGUUGCAAACAUGCAGUACUUAGUAAGCCACCACACCAAGGCUAAGAAUCUGUUGUGAUUUGUUUCUGGGGAAAUGCAAACUCCCACAGGGUGAAAGGAUUUUGUCCUUGCUGUCUCACCUCAGGCUUUCAGGUCAUCUGGCCUUGUAGGCAUUUUGAUAAAGGAAAAAGGACUCGUUUGUGAUAUUUUAAUUGGUAUGUAUUUUGAAAUUUAUUGUCCUAAAACAUGUUCAAGGAAGAGAAAUAGGCUAAAGAUAGGGAAGAAAGCGGCCGCCUCUCCUCCACAGAGCCCCUUGGCCGUUCCUUGGCCGCUCCUGGAGCUCCUGUCUUGUUUGUGAAGGUGCAGGUGGGACUCCCUUUGGUUCCGCUGCUUGGGGCAGUUCCUCUGGACCCGCUGCCUUCCUGACUGUGGCCCUCAGUAGUAUCUGCUGCCCUUUAAUGACUAGCAUGUUUUUUGAAAA